AUGGAUGCUCACCUGUCCGUUUCACCAGAUGAGGUGCUAGUAUUUGAAUUAGAGGCCAAACCCUUAAAAUUUUCAUUUUUCAAAUACUCAAACAAAAACAGAGAGAGAAAUCUAAAACUCUCUCAGGGCUCCGGCCUAGGGCCAUCCUGGCUCGUCCCAGAGCACCACUGCCUUUGGCCUCACGCGCCUCACUCGCCACCCUCUGAGCCUCCAUGUUCGGCAGUUAGGGUUUUCAAAGCCCUAUUCUUUUUGCGCGAAUCAAAAGGUGAGCGCGAGGAUCUCGAUGGCGAGACAAGGCUGAGGUGUGGCGCGCUGAUGAAGGCGAUGAUCUCGGUGUUGUUCGCGAGCCGAUGGUGGCGCCUUGACGUGAGGCCAAUAGACGCUCCCCGAAAGUUCUGGAGUUUCAUGAAACGAAAGGGCGCUAAUUGGGCAUGACGUUUGAGGCGUCUAAAGCUUCCAAAAUCCUUUGCGGCGCGACGAGAAAGAGAGCUAGGGUUUCUAACACUAUCUGAAAGUCAUUUGGGCCCCUGCUAUUUGGGCCUUCGGGUUUAUUGGUAUUAUGUGGGUCUGUUUGGGUCUAUUGUAAUGGGUCUGGUUUAAGUUUGGCCUACGGGUGUAUUUGGGUGUAACCGGGCUCACGGGUAGUGCUUCUGUAUUGAACCAAAAACACUUGGGCUUUGUAAUUGGACUUUUAAAUGGACAUUUUAAAUAAAUAAAUACUUAUUUAUU